UGGAAUAGUCAAGGACCAAGUAGAAGCUACUGCGCCUGUGCUCAGGUGAGAGCUGACAGCUCCUCCCUGCUAAAUGCAUAGAUUUCUUCUCCAAAUCUGUUUUGCAAUAGAAGAACUGCCACUGUGAACAGGUGGGAAAGAAGUAGUGCCUAUCUGUGUGUUCCUGUGGCUGCAGCUGGCUCAGGCAUAGCAGACAAGACAGGUAGCUGGUAGAAUUUAUCUUCAAAGACCAGAAACAUGCACUGUGCCAUCCUAAAGGCAGAAGCAGUGGACGGGGCUCAUCUGCUGCAGAUCUCUUGGCACGAUGGAGCAGAGUCUCUCUACCCAGCAGUGUGGCUGAGAGACAACUGCCAGUGUUCAGAAUGCUACCUGCAUUCUGCAAAAGCUCGGAAACUUCUCCUGGAAGCUCUCGACGUGAACAUUAGAAUCAAAGACUUGUCAUUUGACCGGAAAAAGGUUUAUAUCACAUGGCCCAACGAGCAUUACAGUGAAUUUGAAGCAAAUUGGCUGAAGAAAAGAUGUUUUUCCCAACAGGCCAGAACAAGACUCCAAGAAGAACUGUUUUUACCAGAAUGCCAAUACUGGGGCUCAGAGCUUCAGCUGCCUACUCUGAAUUUUGGAGAUGUUUUAAAAGAUGAUGAGCAUGCAUACAAAUGGCUCUCUAGCCUCAAGAGAGUAGGCAUUGUGAGACUCACUGGAGCAGCUGACAAAUGUGGAGAGAUCACAAAACUUGGGAAAAGGAUUGGCUUUUUGUACCUCACAUUCUAUGGACACACUUGGCAAGUACAGGACAAGAUUGAUGCCAACAAUGUGGCUUAUACAACUGGAAAGCUCAGCUUCCACACUGACUACCCAGCCCUCCACCAUCCACCUGGGGUUCAGCUUCUGCACUGUAUAAAGCAAACAGUCACAGGUGGCGAUUCUGAAGUUGUAGAUGGGUUUAAUGUGUGCCGAAAGCUCAAGGAGAAGAAUCCUCAGGCAUUCCACAUUCUGUCCUCCACCUUUGUGGAUUUUACAGACAUUGGAGUGGAUUACUGUGACUUCUCUGUGCAAUCUAAACACAAGAUUAUAGAGUUGGAUGAUAAAGGCCAAGUGAUUCGCAUCAAUUUCAACAAUGCAGUCAGAGAUACAGUCUUCGAUGUCCCCAUCGAAAGAGUUCAGCCUUUCUACUCUGCUCUGAAAGAGUUUGUGGACCUCAUGAACAGCAAGGAAUACAAGUACACCUUCAAGAUGAAUCCAGGUGAUGUGAUUAUCUUUGACAACUGGCGCUUGCUCCAUGGACGUCAUAGCUAUGAGGCAGGAACUGAGAUAUCCCGUCAUCUGGAAGGAGCUUAUGCUGACUGGGAUGUAGUGAUGUCAAGGCUUCGUAUUCUAAGACAGAAGGUCAAAAAUGGAAACAGAGCUGGGCAGUGGUAG